GUCGGUCGGACCGCGGGCCAGACGUCAGCCGGCUGCCGUCGAGUGCAGCAGUGGGCGACUCCCACCUCCUCCUCCGACCGGCCGGAGAGCCUCGCCGUCUACCUUAUUUUUCUUUCAAACGGUACUCAGCACUGCAUAUUCUUUUGUUGUACAUCUGAGUGCAGGACAAUUAUUGAGAUACUGAAUCUACACUCUUCAAAAUGACGCUUUCUUCUAAAAACGCAGUGAGAGGACACGGGCGACGGCGUGGCCUUUUAAUGCAGGUGGUCACCACGCUGGCGCUGGCCAUGAAUCACCUCGUCAUGGGAGUGUCGGUGGCUUUCGCCGGCGUAUUCACCGAACAGAUCACCUCGGCCGACGCCGGCCUCCAGCUGAGCGUGUCACAAAUCUCCUGGAUAUGCUCCAUCACCUCUGUGGGCAACAUGCUCGGGUACCUCAUCUCCAGCUACGUGAACCCCAUGUACGGUGCCAUCCGCGUCUGUCAAAUCUGCGCCCCGCUGGUGGCCGGAGGCUACCUGAUGGUAGCGCUCGGCAACAACUUCUGGGUGCUGCUGGCAGGACGGCUGCUGCUGGGGCUGUUCAACGGGGUGACGACGGGCCCCACCAACACGCACGUGGGCGAAAUCGCAUCGGCCAAUCUGAGAGGCUUUCUGACGUCGUCGAUGAUCACCAUUGGCGUGUCGGGAAUCACGUGCACGUACCUAACCGGCUGGCUGCUCGGUUGGCGGCAGAUGUGCCUCGUGAUGGGCAUCAGUCCUAUGGUGUUUAUGUUUGUGAUAACUUUGAUGUUGCCUCGCUCACCGCGCUGGCUGAUCGUGAAAGGGCACCCGGCAGAAGAGGCCGCCAGGUCACUUAAGUUCUACUUUGGAGACGACUUCAAUGUUGAUUCGGAACUAAAAGGAAUUCGAGAAUCUCUUGGGGAUGGUCACAAACAUGACGCUACUUUAGUCCAAGUUCUUGGUCGUCUGCGUCACCGCCAUAAUCUCGUUCCGUUCCUACUGGUGCUUGCACUGUACGUGUUCUUUGUAUUCUCUGGCGGAUUUACGACCACCACCUUCGCGCCGGUGAUUUUCAAGGACGUUGGUGGUUUCAGUAACCCGUAUAUGGGCUCAAUCCUUGUGGGCGUUGUCCGCGUCGUUGCCACCAUCAUGUGCAGUGUCGUCAUGAACAGACUGCACCGGCGAACGCUGCUAAUGGUGAACGGCGCCGUCGGAGGCGCCGGCUGUCUUGUCGCCGGGUGCUACUUUUUCUACCGCGAACAGCUCUCCGACCACGCCUGGCUGUCCCUCACUUCUGUCCUGGUGAUUGUAUUUUUCAUGUCUCUGGGUAUCAGUCCCCUAAAGAGCGUCUUGUUUGGUGAGCUACUUCCUAACUCGAUCCGUUCGGAACUGGGUGGAAUAUGUCUGGCCUUCUUCGGCACAUCCAAUUUCUUGAUGGUUUACACCUUCCCGCUAGUUCUGCAAACAGUAGGCAUGUCUGGGAUAUACUGGUUCUUUACGCUGAUGCAUUUCCUGAUGCUGGCAUUCAGCCUGUUCUGCCUUCCGGAUACCAAUGGCAAGUCAAUCGAAGAGAUCCAGAAAAUGUUUCUCAAGAAUGCAGCCAGUUCAGCAUCCAAGCAUCGUCCAGUGUGCGUCGUGGAAGAGCCCAAGGAACGUCUCACCGAUGUCAAAGUGCACUUUGAAGGGCCUAAAGCUGAAUGAUAAAGUGAGCAGCACUAAAUACUUUUUAGUGAAAACUGAUUCGGCAUAUACCUUUUUAACAAAAACGACCACAUUUUAUCCUGGACUGUUCAUUGUUUAACAUUGGAGCUGUGUAUCUACUAUAAAUACAUACAAGAGCGCUGAUAUUUCUCGAGCAGCGCUCAACUUCUUAAGUGUCAGUUAGGUUUAUCGCGUCUAUUUAUUUAAACAAAAAACUCUCAAAUCAAGGUGGAAAACGGUUCUCACUACACAUUCUGCUCAAACCAACAAAACAAAAAAUGUUGAGUUAGCUUAGGUUUAGCCAAUACAGCUCUGUUAUUACUUUUUUCAUGAUGCAAGUGUAAAUGCAUGCUAUGCCCUGAUUUGGUAUGUACAUGUUAACGAAUUUCAAUAAACAUUUACAUUAUAAAAGCUAAAUAAAAAACAUGAACGAGGAUGACAAAGA